AUUUUAAGUUAUUUCGAUAAUCGAAACUGUACAAAUGGAAUACAAAAUCCAUCUGGUUCCUAUUCUGGGGCAGCGCCAUGAAACCGACCUGAUAGAAUGGAGGAAGCACGGCAAACAAAGCCAGCGGCCCUUGGUCAUUCCGGACAAAUUCCAAAUUCAAUCCAAAGAAAAGCAGAUAGAAACAUUGCGUGUGGAGCUCUGCAUUCUGACGAUUGUUGUAAACGUGCUGUGUGAUCAAAGGUGUCAAUGCUAUUCGAUAAGGGUGUCAAGACCCUGUCAUUUCAAAAUAGCGAGAUGCAAAAAACAACUUAUUAUGACAACUCUGGAAUAUUUAGUGGUUACUCCUACCAAAAAUCUAAUACAUACAACUACAGCUCUAGUCAUCAAGCCUACCCACCAUCAUCUGUUGACAAUGAUUAUCAGAACUCAACGUGCCCAAUUCAAACAUCCAGUGCUAGAGCCCCAACCCAUAAGCCCACUGAUAUAAAUGGCAGCUGUAUGAGAACAAGUGGCAGUCAAGGCACUGCCCAACUUCCAAGCAUCAGUGAGCCACAACAGCCACCUCCUUUGCCACCUUCACCCAAUGGAAGCAACACUGCAACUCAGAAAAGAACCAAGUCCAUUCCAAAUUCUUCCACCAGCCCAGCUACCACCCUUACCAAGCAAAUCUUCCCAUGGAUGAAAGAAUCGCGACAAAAUGCCAAGCAGAAAAACAACUGCACAGUUGCAGGAGACAAUUGUGAGGAUAAAAGCCCACCAGGCCCAGCCUCCAAGAGAGUCCGUACAGCCUAUACCAGUGCACAAUUGGUUGAAUUGGAAAAGGAGUUUCAUUUUAAUCGUUACCUGUGUCGUCCUCGCCGAGUUGAAAUGGCAAACUUAUUAAAUCUAACUGAACGGCAGAUAAAGAUUUGGUUCCAAAACAGAAGAAUGAAGUACAAAAAAGAUCAAAAGGCCAAAGGGAUCAUGCACUCGCCAGUUGGACAGUCUCCAGACAGAAGUCCACUUCUAAAUGCUCCAAAUAAUAUUGGAUUCUCAAACCAGCUCCCCACCGUCAACACUUUGAAUUACGAAGCUCAUUCUCCAACAUCCUUCAACAAAUCUCAGCAAAAUAUGUAUGGCUUGGCUGCUUACACAGCACCUCUUAAUAGCUGCCUACCCCAGCAGAAAAGGUAUCCAGGCGCAGAGUAUGACCAUCAUACAAUGCAGGGCAAUGGUGGCUUUGCCAACCAUAAUUUGCAAAGCAGCCCUGUGUAUGUUGGAGGGAACUUUGUUGAUUCGAUGCCAGCUUCUGGUCCGAUGUUCAACCUUAGUCAUCUUCCUCAUCCUUCAUCAGCCACUGUGGACUAUAGUUGUGCUGCUCAAAUACCAGGCAAUCACCACCAUGGACCAUGUGAUCCCCAUCCCACAUACACAGAUCUGACUACUCAUCACACAGCUCAGGGAAGAAUUCAAGAAGCGCCCAAACUAACACAUCUGUAAUGGACUAGCACGGUCUGCCAAGCGAUGCUACUUCGCUUUUUUAUUACCUCAUUUGUAUCAGAUAUUCUCCUGCUAUGAGACUGCCACAGUAUUUGUCCAUCACUCAUUUUCUAUCCACCACAUUGCUUUUCCGUGUUUAUUUAAGGGUCUACACAUCAGCCAUCCCUUUCAAUAAGAUCCUAGCAUAAAACAGAAUGCAAAUAGAGGAACAAUUGCUUGAAAUAGGUGCUUUUGAAGGUAAGACAUACAAAGUCAGUCUUCAGCAAACCCUUCAUAAUGUGAAUUUUAAAGACUAGUGUUCUAUACAGUCCACUUUGGUGGUAUUCUGUCUAACUGGUCUUACUGCUCAGAACCUCAGCUAUGUACUUUUCAGUAAUGAACAAACUGCAUUCAGCGUCAUUGAUAUGUAUUUAUUAUUUUAAGUCAAUAUCAAAAAGAUUUUUCUAUCACUUAUUUAUCCUUGUCUUAAUGUAUUUAUGUGAAAUUUAUAGAGCUUAUACAAUCUGACUUUGACCUGUUUGAUCCAUGUCUGUUACAAUCAUAUUUCUCCUCUUUAGUAAACCUGGGUUUAAACUAGAUGAGAGGAUAGUUUUUUGAGCAGUUGUAUCAGUGGCUGGUGUUUGUAGAUUAUGUAAGGAUUAUCUCUGAAAGCAAAUUGUAAGUUAUGACUGU